GAUUUUCUCCUUGGCAUAGGCUCAAUGUUACCUUUGUCGACACUGCCGGGGUAACAGAGGGAGCUGUGGAUGACGGGGGGCCAACUAGGGAGUUCCUUCGCCUGCUAAUCACAGAAAUAAAAGACAGCUCUUUUUUUAAUGGCCCCGACUACAACAAGAAUCUGUCCUUGGUGUCUCGGAGUGUAGAUAAUGGCGACUACAGGAAUCUGGGACAAAUGAUAAGUGUGGCCCUUGUCCAUGGAGGAAUCAAGCCCUUAUUUUUUUCCCGGUGAUUAUACCACAGCAUAGCCAGUCGUCCAACACCCCCAGUCACUCUUGAAGAAGUGGAUGACAGAGAACUGCAGGAGCAACUGCAAAGGGUAAUAACUGCAGAAACUCUGGCAGAAGCACGGGAUGCCAUAAUGGAGGCUUCAGGUUCUCUUUGUCUUCUUGGCUGUUCUGCGAGUCUCCGAAGUCUGGAUGAAAAGGAGUACUUUACACAACAAGCUUUAAGGGCAUAUGUCGAAGGAAGGACAAAGAAAGCUUUGGAGCAAUUUGUGGAUGGGAUGAAUGCCAUGGGCCUUGCUGAAAAAAUAAGAAGCCACAUAGAGGAACUGGAACCACUAUUUGUGGGUGGACCCAAAGCCCUUCAGCUCCAGGACCUCCUGGAUCUUUUCAGUGUAUCUUUUGCUGAACCAGGAAGCAACAGGCGCAGAGCACAGAACCAAACAGCCAUGUUGUGGAAUGACUGGCUGAUUGAGGUGGAUGAGGGAACGCGACCAGUGACACUGGAACAAAUAUUAGUGUUUGUUUCAGGAUUGAACUCAAUCCCCCCACCUGGGUUUCCCCGAUGUCCAACCAUUGAGUUUCUUCAAUGUGAUGAUGGCAGUAGAAAACUGUAUCCAGAGGCGAACACCUGCGAGGUCACUCUGCGCCUCCCCAUCCACCAGACCUAUGACAGCUUUGUGCACUACAUGGAGUCUGGCCUGAUACAGGCUCCAACGUUUGGAUUCCUUUAGAAUCAAACUUGAUUUACUUUUUUUGUUUGUUGUUGUUCUAGUGUGUGAGGUCAAAGGUUAGUUUCAUUGACAUCAGUUUAAGUUUGUCUGCGAUAUAAAAUAAAAUAAUGCAUUUUCAGUUAAAAUGAAAAAAAGUCAUUUUCAUGAUUGUCAGUUAUGGUUGCAAAAUGUUUGUAAUUUGUGAGAUGAGCAGUUUUGGUUGUGGAUUUAUUUCAUUGUUUUAAGGAACAUAUUCUUGCAAAUAAAGCCUAUAGUGACUUUCCCCAACUGUUUUUAUUUUAUUCCAGUGUGGAGUUACCGAAGUACAGAUAUGGUGUCACCUCCAUGUUGAAGAUCUCUGAUGUAGAGCAUGGAUUUUCAUUGAAGAUUGCUAGACACAAUCGGGUUAAAAAAUAAAAGUCCCACCUAAAGUAGCUUUACUAAAUAAAAGUAUCAAAAAUAAAAUACCAUUAUUAAAUAGAGUAAUCUUGAAAUAAAUUGUAAAAUCUUAAAUGCAUAAAUCUGGAAGUAAGUAAAUACCUGACAAAGUAAAAAAAGAUUAUUUCUAUUAUAUAUUUUGUUUUAUUUCAUGGGGACAUUUAUUUAUUGGAUGGAGUAUUUAUGAAUAAUUAUAAUAGUGUUUCUUUUCAUUUUGAAUUAAUGAGCUCUCCAUAUAUAAUGACUACCCCCAUCUGUUUAGUUUUUUUUUCUGGGGGGGGAUGGGGGGGGGCUAACAUAGGCAUCUAUCUAACAUGUACAUCUAACAUAAGCAUCUAACAUAUACACUUAACAUAAGCAUCUAACAAGAACACUUAACAUAAGCAUCUAACAUGUACAUCUCACAUAUACACUUAACAUAGACAUAAGCA